AUGGAAACCGAAACCAACAGCAUCAAAUGGAGGGUUGCCAAUUACCAGAUCCCUGUACCUAUUGGCGACUGUUCAGCACAUUUUCUCAUCAAGAUGAAAGACGAAAAAGUAGAAAAGAUUGAAAAGGCCUUUCUUAUGGACGGCGGCACUAACGCCGGUGGCUACUAUGCUUGGGUCCAGAUCCUCAAAGGACUGAGACACAUUGACCUUGAGCUUGGCACCAAUUGGAAGUUUGAUAACUGGGUCGUCACGCAUUGGGAUGAAGAUCACUAUCGUGGCGUGCGAGACCUCUUGUCAAGCGAUCUCAAACUCUUCCGUUUCAUUCAAAGGGGAGAGAAUGUCCCAACUGCCCGUUCCCAAUCUUCAACCUUUGCAAAGCAGUAUUUUUGCGACGAACCUUGGUUACUGUGUGGAGCCUUGGACCUUGUCAUGUUCUUCAAUAGGAAGAAAGAACAGGAUAUCAGUUUCCUCAAACCGUUCAUGGAUGAACCUAGGCUCUAUGUAGCCGGAAUCAUCAAAGCGCUUUUCGAUAAAGCCUAUGAGCUAAACAACACCUAUUGCCUCAACAACGAAUCGUCGCGGCUUAUUAUCAAGUCAGCCAGGCUUCGAUGCAUUACAACCCAACCAUUAGUUGGUGUUGAUCUUUUCACUCGUACCCGUCAGUUCAACCCGGAUGGCACAAUCUGCUCUGAGAGUCAUAAAACAUUCAGUGGUUGGGGCAUUGACCACGAUCCCAAGACGCCUCAGCCUCGAUUCUGCGUAAUCGGAGCAGAUGGGUAUGGCAUCGGCGUCGGAGAUGGAGAACGCGUCGUACCUGAACCGUCACGUAACGAAACGUCUAUUCUUGGGAUCUUGUAUUGGCCCGAGAAUGGUCGUUGUUCCUACUACACGGGAGGAGACGGUAGCCCGAUUGUGGCCAAAGACAUUGUCGACAACUGGCUUAGCAAAUCCGGAUAUUUCAAUAAGCACGGUCACGGUCUGGUUGAUUUGAUGAAACUGGACCAUCAUGGGUCAACCAGGGAGAACCUAGGAUCUAAGAAAGAGACAGGUGUUGGCACCAACUCUCUGGUGGCUGAGGUGUCAAACAAGACAAAGAAGAAGGCGGCAGACAUCAUUACGGACACCCUCAUCGAGAAACUCAAGCCUCAGGGUCUGCUGGUGACACCAGGUACCCAGCACGGACAUCCCACGUGGGACGUCCUUCUUGCUCUAUACAAGUAUUUCAGCGGUUUCAAGCAAGCCGAUGGUCUUUUUACUACUCGAUCUUUUUACUGGUUGGAUGCCAAUAAACCCCUCUCGAUCAAGGACCUCAAUUUUAACCACAACGAAAUUGGAUACAUGCGAGCUGUGUACGACACAGUUUGGGAUAGUUAUCACCCAGCCAUCGAAAUCAAAAACGUCGAUGAUCAAGUACCCACGGACGAUAUAAUGGAACAUUUGCAAGCUGCCGACGGCAUAGACUACGAUACUCAUCAUGCGGCUAUCGAAAUCGAAUAUGUCGAUGGUCAAGUACCCAAUGGUGAAGAUUCGCACAGUUUAGAAGAGGUCUACCAGAAUAUUCACGCCAGGUAUCUCGCUAAUAAUAAACAAGACAAUGAGGAUGAAGAAGCGACCUUGUACGAUCUCUAUGUACUUGAUCAAAAGGUGAGGAUGGAACUCCAGGCUGAAUUUAAGAUACAGAGGUAUAGAUACGGAAAAUGGCUGGAAGAAAAGAAGAAGCCCGGUAUUUCGAAAAACAGCAAGAUUAUCUGGGGCAAGGUUCAGGAAUUACUUACUGAGGAAUGCCAAAGACUACAAAAAUUAUCGGCAAUGGAACUUGACAAGGCCCUCAAGAAAUCCUCCACCCACGGCGUCGAUGCCCAUAUCUUUUGGGCUUGGCACAACUGGGCAUGGCAUGUGGAAGAUUCCUUGCUCGACGGGGCUGUGCAGUAUUCCGAUGUAUGCUGGCAGCCCAUCAUCAGUGACGGAAAUCCACAUUUCCUUAUCAGCUUUGUAUUUGACAAAGAUGGUGAAGACAGAUGCAUCGAGGUCUUCACCGACGAUGGCGAGUAUCAGUUCAUUCAUGGUACGCAAGACGUCUCUCGCACACCCACGAACCUUUUCGUGCAGGACAAAGAUGCCAAAUGGCCCGAACUUGUCUACACACCACUUACUCUCGCGACAAUAUUUGAUCUCAGUGGCCCUGACAACCAAAACAUGUUCAAAAACUAUACCAUUGUCAAACAAGCUCUUGUUGGUCAUAUGAGACAGAUGAAAUUGGCUGUCGACGUGCUUUUCAACACUAAACCCGUCGACCCAAAACAAUCAAAGGCAAGCAGCAAGAGCCUGAUCAAAUCGGCCAAACUUCGAGUGGCCAAGCUCGAUGAAACUAUCGCGAAGUACCAUGAGAUGAGUCUCGCUGAGGAACACAACAUAGCCGACCUAUCCAAAGAGGGGGAACCGAUUGCUAUGAAUCGAACCCCAAGGACUAGAAAAUCUGAUACCUUUGUGCCUCUCGACCCGAAGAAUAAGGAAGAGUUAAUCUCCAAGAUCUACAAGGCUCUAUUGAAGCUAGCAUAUCAUUCCGAUAUGGACCUGACCGAAGCUCUUCUCCAUGAACAGAUCUGUUACUUUGCGUGGCACUACAUGUCAAAAGUUACCCGUAUGAGAGAUAUCAUUUUGUUAGUCUGGGAUAAGAACUAUGAUGGCGCUGUGGUAUAUGACGAGAUACAGGAAGAUGCAAUGUUACGCACGGUGGAUUUCCUUCUAUCAAAUUUCAAGCUUGGGACAUUUUUUGGAUAG